ACUGAUAGUAGGCUGCGUUGAGACUGCGCAUAGUUGAUGUUUGGGAACUACAUCGAUGCUGGUCAGUGCUCCGCUACAAAUCUGCCACGAAGAACACGUAGUUAUCUUGCUACAAGUGCUAGUGGCUUAGCAACGAUUUCAUGUCAUGUUGUUGUUCAUGUCCAUAUCACCGUUACCUAUUUUACGAUAUGGCCACUUUGUGUGUUGACAGCCGCCCUUCACUUCGAAAGACAGGUUUUUUAUUUUUGAAAGCCAGCAUUAUUUUAGUGUUAUUAUUUCACCUAGCUCAAACCACAAGGCUGUAUUCUGAGGAGGAUCUUGUGGUUAUAUUAACAAGCUCGACCAUCAAGCAGUCUUUGCUCAACUCUUCUACCGCUUGGCUUGUCCAGUUCUACUCUUCAUGGUGCGGUCAUUGCAUCCAGUACUCACCUACCUGGAAGGCACUAGCUAGAGAUGUACAAGACGACCUUCAGAUCUACCUUCCUGUGGUUCUGAACAAUCGUUCUGCGCUGGACCCUCUCCAUAACUCAAUUCAGGACAUUAAACUGUGGCUUUCUCAGAAUUUCCUUCACUUGAAUGAAGACUGGGAGCAAGCCAUACGGAUUGGUGUCCUGGACUGUGCUCAAGAGAAUAACUUUGACAUCUGCAAGGACUUUGGCGUUCACUUCUACCCCACCUUCAGAUACUUUAAAGCACAUAACCCUGCAUUUGAUGUUGGACAAACAAACCGGGGGGCAGAUAGGGAGCUGCAGACUGUCCGACAACUGAUGGUAAACUUCCUCCAGAAUCACACAAAACAGGACUGGCCCGCAAGCUGCCCUGCACUUGAGCCUUCCAGUUCUGAGAAUAUAUUGUCUUUGAUUGGUCAGAAAUCUGACCAAUACACCGCCAUCAUUGUUGAAAAUGAGGACUCUUACAUUGGCAGAGAGGUUAUCUUGGACCUAAUGACGUAUCAGGGGCUGACUGUGAAGAGGGCACUGAGUUCUGACAAGAGACUCAUAGAGAAACUUGGCAUCAACUCUUUCCCCUCAGCAUACCUCCUCCACCCGAAUGGGACACAUGACAUUCUGGAUGUGCAGAAAAGACUGCGCUUCUUCUUCUCUUCAUUCCUUAAGCUGCUCCCUGGAGUCCACAGGAAGCAGAACGGUUCUGGAGCAGCCCAGGAGCCCCUAAUAAAGGGACCACAAGACCCUGGGAUUUCUGAGGCUUGGAAAGACUUUGAAAAGUCUAAGGUGUACAUGGCAGAUCUUGAGUCAGGGCUGCACUACCUGCUGAGAGUGGAGUUGGCUACCCAUCAAACCCUGGUGGGAGAGGAGCUGAAGACCUUCAAAGUCUUUGUGACAGUUGUCGCAAAAUCUGUAUUGUUUAAUUCUUUAUCCCAGCUUUUCCCUGGUCGACACUCUGUAGUAAAACUCCUCGAGACUCUGCUGGAGUGGCUUAUUAGUCUUCCCUUGGAGAAAAUCCCUUAUGACGCCAUCCUGGACCUGGUCAACAACAAGAUGCGGAUUUCCGGAAUGUUCCUGAGUAACCAGCUGCAGUGGGUCGGCUGCCAAGGCAGCAGAGUGGGACUUAGGGGCUACCCUUGUUCCUUAUGGACCCUGUUUCAUGUGCUUACAGUUCAGGCGGCCAGGCAGCCUGACGCACUGGCCAACACAGGAUUGGAGGAGAAUCCUAAGGCUGUGCUGCAGACAAUGCGCAUGUACAUUGUGAGCUUCUUUGGCUGUCAGGAGUGCGGCAAGCAUUUUGAGGAGAUGGCCGCAGAGUCUCUGUCCCAGGUGAAAUCAUUAGAUCAGGCAGUGCUAUGGCUCUGGAGGAAGCACAACCAGGUCAAUGGACGCCUCGCAGGGACAAUGAGUGAAGACCCUCACUUUCCCAAGACCCAAUGGCCCAGCCCGGACCUCUGCCCGACUUGCCAUGAGGAGCAGGACGGCAUCCACGUGUGGAACGAAGACAAGGUGCUUGCGUUUCUGAAACAGCACUAUGGGGCUGCCAACAUCUCCCCCAAACAUUUGCACAGCAGUUAUCCCAAGCCCCCGGCAGCAGAUAGAGCCCUGAAGCCAAACCAGGAGAUGCUCGGACACCCUGAGAGCAAGCCCAUUGAACCAAUACCGGGAAAGACAGUUGCCCCUGAGAGCUCUGUGCUCCCUGCCAACCACGCAAAGCAGAGCAGGGUUGAAGGAGCAGGGCAGGCAGGCAUAGGGGCCCACAAUGACAUCAGACCUGGUGUGAGCUUCUUGGGCCUGGGCUUCUCCAAUCUGGACAUGAGCCUGUGCGUGGUGCUCUACGCUUUCUCAUGCGUCUUUCUCAUGUUCAUGUUCUUCUUUUUCCGAGUUCGCUCCAAACGGUGGAAGGUCCGCUACAAUCGUCCGUAUGUAUAGUUGUCCACUGGUCAAAAUUAUUUUUUCCUAUUUUUUUUCUCAGACUUGAGUUUCUCUUUUUAAAUGUAGAUUAGAAAGUCAAUAUGUUAUUUAUUUGGUUUUGGAUCAUGUUUCCGGUGAAGCAACGGUUCCUAGAUGAACGAUUUUACAUCAGGCAGUUUAGAACAGUCCUAGUCCCUUAACAGAUUGCCAUAACAUUGUCAUGGAGGAAGGACUUGGGGAAAUAUCAUGCCCAAUACUGUGUUUCUAAGCUAUGAUUAUUAGGAAUAAUUUAGUAUAAAGCUUUGACAGAUUCCAGUUAAUCAAGUGUGUUUAUUUUUUUUUAUCUCCUGUUGCCUUUCUUUGGUUUCUAAUGGUAAUGGUCAUGUUUUGCUGAGCUACAGUAAACCUCUGGAAUGUUUAUAUUAAACUUAAAAAAAUCUUUGUCAAUGUAUUCUAUUAGACUUAUCAAGAUGAUCACUUAUUACAAACAACUAUAUUUCAGUCCAUAACUUUGAACAAAAAGAGCAAAUGUAGCCUUGUUUUAUGCAGGUGCCUAAAUACUGUAAUCUGAAUACUUAAGAGUGCAUUUGAAUUCCCCUGUACUCACUGAACUGUCUCCUUGACCCUAAGUGGCCUUAACGUGACUGUAUCAUUUAUGUGGAUAAAAAACUACAAACAUUGGCAGUAGCCCUUUAUCUAUAGAACUGACAGGUCGCAGUGGAUUACACUCACAUAAAUUACCCCACAUCUCACAAAACCUCACAUUUCUGAAAGGUUGUUUGAUGUUUGAUCUGUCCAUUCUUUUUGAUUGCCUUUGAAUAUCUUGUCUUUACUUACCAUUGGAUUAAACUAAUACAUUAAUUAACAUAAACAUUUGAAAGAAACUUUGGUUUUUAUAAUCCACCUCAAGAGGGAGAUAUAACUGGUCAAAAAACAUGCCCCAAAUAUUUUGUAAGGUUUUUAAACAAUGUAAUUAGAAAUAUAGCUAAUCAAUGUUCGGAUUAUUCUUGUUCUACUUUUAUUUUGUAGCCCUUGAAAAUUAGUGCAUCUCAAGUGAUUUCGUCCUGCACACUUACUCCAGGUAAUUGCAAUGAUACUGUAUGAGACUAAAUAUACAUUAUGUACUGCAUGUGGUAUGCAGAUGUGAAUGGAAGCACUUACUGUAGCCAAACUGUAAACCAAUCUAGGGCUUCUCAAAAUAGAAUGCUGUACAAUAUUGUGAAUAUGUAAUAGAAAUUUUGGUCCAUGUGCUGGUCUUUAAUAAGAUUAAUCAAGGGGUAAAUCAAGAUUAUCAGCCAAGUAAUGUUGUUGGACCUCUGAGUUCUAGAAAAUGUUAUGAUUUUCGUCAAAGAUAAUAUGUCACAUCGACUCAGCUCACGGAUUACUUUGCUAUUUAAUGUUACUUCUUUAGAUUGUAGCCAGGGUCUAAUGUAAUGGGAAAUUACAACCUUAAAUUGUGACUUGGGUUUUAAUUUUUUAUUUUAAUGUUUUUUUAUUCUGCUGUGCGAUAUUGUGACAAGUUGCACAUUGUUUUGGCACAUACCAAUUUGAUCUGCUAAAAAUGUCAUGUAAUGUAUAUUAUUUGUGACUUUGUUAAUAUACAUUCAUUAUUUCUUUUGAUUUUAUUCUGUUUUGUUCUUACAAUUAGUUCUGUUUUUCAUUCAUUUUCACACGUUUAUAAUAUUUGCAGUGUAGUAAGUUGUCUGGAAAAUAAAAAUGUUGUUAUUGUAGCUGAAA